AUGGAAGAAGAUAAUUUGCUUUCCACGGAGCAAAAUCAUAGUCUUAAAAGAGAUCCAAUAUGGAAAUAUGGAACUGAAGGACUAAAUGAUAAAGGCAACAAGGUGAUAACUUGUGUCUAUUGUCAAAAAACCUUUGCCGGUGGGGGUGUUAAUCGCCUCAAACAUCAUCUUGGCAAAGUAAAGGGUAAUGUGGCAGCAUGCACCAAGGUUCUUCCGGAAGUUUGUUCUUUGGUCGUGGCUUUAUUGAGAGAUAAUGCUCGAAAAUCCAAAGAAAAAAAGGCUGAUUUUGAAAUUGAAAAUGAUGAUCAAGAAAUCCCGAAAGUCAUUAAUGAGACAUCAACGAAAGGAAAAAGAAAAUCUGAUCAUGGCAUUGAAGCUUAUAUGUCAGGUAAAACAAAGAAGUUUGUGGUUCUUGAUGAAGAAGAUGAUAGUGUUGUUGGCAUUUGCUCAUCUAGUUUUUUUGAAGAUGAUGGAAAUGAAGAUCCUUAUGAUGAUAGUUGUUUUGGUGAACCUAGAGUGUUAAUUGGUAAUGAAUAUGAAUGA